GUUUAUUGAUAAAUUCCGAUGUUGUCAAACGUAAAAACAGAUUCCAAUUUCAAUUUAUGGCAAUUUCAAAAUCAGUUGAUGGUCAGUGCAAAGUGUGUUUAAAGUUGGUAAGAAGUGAGCUGUUUUCUUCCAGUAUAAGGUUAAAAGACAAAGUUGUCUGGUUCCCCAAUCAAAGAAGAUGCAUUUUCAAAUACUGUUGCUGCUUGUGAUUUCUGUAAAUAUAAAUGGAGAAAUACUUCGUCUGCCAUGCAAGAUCUUUGCCAAUUUUACUGCUGUGCUUCAUGAUCAAUCACUUAGUUCUACAUUUCGUUCUUUGGACAACUUGGAUGAGCAGAUGUGUAAGUUUGAAUGCAUCAUGGAGCAUCGAUGCAAGUCUAUAAAUUUAAACAGAGAGUUGGGUAUUUGCCAGUUGAAUAGCAAAUCAGCACAGAAUCCAAAAGAUUUCAUUGAAACGCAAAAAAAGGAGGGUUGGACAUAUCAUUCAACCCGUUUUGAAGAGAAAAAUGUUGGUCAGUAUUGCCAAGCAAAUGAUCCUUGCAGCGCCGGACAUAAAUGCAUUGACACUUGCUACUGCCCAGGGUAUAAAUGCAUUGCAAAGAAUAUCGCCUAUAAGAAGCCAUCUUCCCAUUCAUCAACCCAUACAUAUGACGGAAUAGAACUUGUGGCAAGCUUUGGAAAUGAUGGUGACAGGACGGCAGACUGGCAGAGAUGUAGUUUCACCAGUUAUGAAGAGCAGCCCUGGUGGCAAGUGGAUCUUAAAGAAAUAGCCGCUGUCACACAUGUUCGGAUUACAAAUUCUGUAGCCUGGCCCACACAUGAUAUUAACCCAUUCAAUGUUAGUGUUGGGAAGGCUAGUUCAAACGGGGGAAGAAAAAAUGCGCUUUGUGUAAAUGGUGGAAGGUUGGCUAGCGGCGAGAUGAAAACUUUUUAUUGUCCAAAGCUGAUGAUGGGUCGCUACGUGAGUGUGUUUUUGAACAGGAAAGAAUUUCUUCAAGUAUGCGAGCUUGAGGUUUAUGAAGCGGAGAAUUUGGCAUAUAAAAAGCCGUCCUUACAUUCAUCAUCAAGAACAGCAAAUGGAAUCACAUUUGUUGCCAGCUUUGGAAAUGAUGGGAACAGAACUGGGGACUAUCAGCGAUGCAGUAUCACAAAAGCUGACGUGACACCCUGGUGGCAAGUGGAUCUUACAAGGCAAGCUGCUGUCACAAGUGUCCGAAUAAAGAAUGGUGCAACUUGGGGUUCAGAUAAAAUCAAUCCAUUCGAUGUCAGUGUUGGGGACGACAAGACGAAUGGCGGACGAAACAAUGCACUGUGUGUGAAAGUCGGGACACUGGCCAGAGGAGAGUUGAGAAAGUUCGAUUGUCCACAGGUCCUGAUGGGUCGUUACGUUAGUGUUUAUUUGAACAGGUUGGAAUAUCUUCAAGUAUGCGAGGUUGAGGUUUAUGAAGAUGUAUUCUGAAAAAAGGUUCAGAAAUCACGAUUCGUUCUCUAUUUCCUGGCAAGCACGAAUGCAUUCAAAGUGAAAAGCAAUAUAUCUAGCUACUAGCAGCCAUAGAGGAUUUGCACGAUGAAUUCAAAAUGCACAAAGAAUUCAUGCUUUUACAUAGUAUGCACAUGAAGCCGCAAAAUGUAUCCAGUUGUAAUUUAUAUUCUUUGAUUUUCAUUACUAUUCAGUACAGUAAUUAUGAACAGUGAGUUGGAGGCACAAAUCUUUUAGUUGUGACUUUUGCUAAAAGCAAGAGAUUUCCAUAAUAAAAAUCAACUUUAUUCUCGAAAUUUAUCAAGAUGUAAUAAGUAUUGUAUUUUAGGGUUUUCUGUCUAUUCAUUCAAGUAAUUAUGAACAGUGGGGUCGAAGGCAGAAAUUUCUUUACCUGUGACUUUUGGUUAUUCAAGAAAUUUCAAUUACAAAAAACUACUUUUUUCCGGAAAGAUUCUUAGAUAAAACUCCUUUAAGGAAGGAUAGCUUGAUGUUUUCUUUAAGCUCUAAUAUCUGUCAAUGCAAUUUUUGACUAAGAAAAAAAAAAUCUCUAUUCUUUUGACUUUGUUAAAUAUAGCAAAGCAAAGACCACGAUAUAGUGUCAGAAACUGAUGUGAAUUAUAGUGUUGUUAUUUGAUUUAAGCUAUCAUAGUGUUGUUGAUUAUAUGUAAUAAUACUUUUUGGGCUUUGUUUAGCAGUUCAGGGUUGAUAUUAUUCAGAAAAUUCAAUUCGAGCUUAAAGAAUCCUCGUAAAAAGUAAAGCUUACUAACUUAAAAGACAAGGCCAGAAGGAUUUUAUCAAUAUAUUCCUACGUUGCAAUAAUUAUAUACGAUUCAUGGAUCAUUUAAUGAUAUUAAAGAGUGAUGUACAAGAGUUUGUUUUCUAGUUUCCACAACCUUUCUAUUUGCUAUCCUUUACUAAUGGAACACUUUUUUCAACCUCCGUGUU